AUGGACCGCCUCGCGGCAGCGCGCCGCUCGCCAUUUCGUCGCGGCGGUUACGCCCACCCAGACACGGAGCGCGGGCCGGCCGCGCCCACUUGUUGCUGCUCGCCCUUCGGCUGGCAGGGGAGCCUCAAGACCCUCCCAGCCACCUGCAACGCCCUCGCCAGACGCUCUGCUACCCAAAGGCCCAAAGCCCACAGCCAACCACAGACUGCAAUAAUGGAGAGCCGCAUUCUGUACGACAUUCCUUGCAAGGUGUGCCAGGACCACUCGUCGGGAAAACACUACGGGAUCUUCGCGUGUGAUGGGUGCGCCGGUUUCUUCAAGCGGUCUAUCCGGCGCGCGCGGCAGUACGUCUGCAAGGCGAAGGCGGAAGGUUCCUGCGUCGUGGAUAAGACGCGCCGCAACCAGUGCCGCGCCUGCCGCCUCCACAAGUGUCUCCAGGCCGGCAUGAACAAGGACGCGGUGCAGCACGAGCGCGGGCCGCGCAACUCGACGCUGCGGCGCCAGCUGGCGCUCUACCUCAAGGAGCCGGCCCAGGGGCAUGAGACGCCCCCUUUUUCCUUGUGUGUUGCUCAGCUGCUGCCGCCGACGUUCCCCCUGCGCUCUGUGGAGGCUGUCUGCGAGUCCGCGGCGCGUCUGCUCUUCAUGAACGUUCAGUGGGCCAAGAGCGUCACCGCCUUCACUGCGCUGCCCAUGAAUGACCAGCUGCUGCUGCUGGAGGAGAGCUGGCGAGACCUGUUCGUGGUGGGCGCGGCGCAGCUGAUGCUGUCUCUGGACGUGUCGCAGCUCGCGGCGCUGCUGGGCUCCAGCAGGUCCCUGGCGCUGCUGCACCAGCUCAGGCUCUUCCAGGAGGCUCUCCUCAGGUUCGCCCACAUGGCCGUCGACGCGCACGAGUACGCCUGCCUCAGGGCCAUCGUCCUCUUCAAGACAGUGCUGGAGACCCCGGGCCGGCGGCUGGAGGCUCCAGAGGCGGUGUGCGCGCAGCAGGAGGCGCAGCAGCGCGCGCUGGGCCGCUACACCGCCCUCGCCAGGCCUCAGCAGCCCUUCCGGCUGGGGAAGCUACUGCUGCUGCUACCCGCCGUCCGCCAGGUGGCGCCCGACACCAUCGAGGAGCUUUUCUUCCGCUCCACCAUCGGCAACAUCCCCAUCCACCGCAUCAUCUGCGACAUGUACCGCACCGGCGCCGGCGCCGACCCCGCCGUCCCACACACUCUGCCCGCAGCCUCUCCGGAGCUCUGA